CUGAAACUGAUUAUUUCUUGAGUUUGGGAGGAGAGAGUCAUUCGUUUGGGAUUGUGGGAGAGGUAGAGAAAUAGAGACACGAUAAAAAGAAGAAAAAGGAGGAAGAGAAGUAGAAAAGGACACCUCAUCAGGAGUACGGUUUGAAUCCCUUUCUCGCCUCCCCCUUCCCCUCCGCGAUGUUACAGAGGCUGUGAGCUAUUCGCCUUUUCCCAUUCGCCUGCUGCCACUUCCUUCCUGGACGAUCUCAGGACGAGUCCGGUUACUUUUAAUCCGACCAGCAGCUCAGGCACUUUCUCCUCCUCCACGCAGCACACACGCGCACACACGCGCACCACACACACGCACACGCACACGCACACACCCCAGGCAUCUUCUGGCUGCUUAUUGGAUUGACUUUGAAGGUUGUGUGUGUGAUUCAAGGCGGCUGCAUGUUGAACCAGGUGGUGAAUAUUUAAGACUGGAAGAAGUAAAGGGAUUUUUUCUUUUUCCUGUGAAAGGAAAAUAUCUGAAGGACUAGUCUGAUCAGCCAAACAGCUAACUGUUUACAAUACUCAUUAGAAACAAAGGUACCAUUUGAAUAGAGCAUUUCAAAAGAAGAUCCUCUUAUCUUCUCUUCUGGACCACCCUGGGAAGAAUGUAUAAAGAUGUACCACUUCUUUGAUCAAGAGCAUUAUAAGCAGACUUAAGCAGUUUUCUAAGUCCCUCUUGGGUGUACGUGUGUGCUUGCCAUUCACACAUCCCGAAAUGAGAUGGAAUGUGAAGCAGGAACAGAUGCAGAGGACUGUGAACUGAGUGGUGCAAGUGCUGAAGAAGGAGGUUUGUUUUGAGGAAACAGGAAAGAGGAAUAAAAGAGAAGGGAAAAAUACGUAAUUUUAAGGAAGAAGGAGAGAAAAAAAAACGGGGACUAUGGGGAGAAAAAAGAUUCAGAUUACAAGGAUUAUGGAUGAACGUAACAGACAGGUGACUUUUACAAAGAGGAAAUUUGGGUUAAUGAAGAAGGCUUAUGAGCUUAGUGUUCUGUGUGACUGCGAGAUUGCUCUAAUAAUCUUCAACAGCACCAACAAACUGUUCCAGUAUGCCAGCACUGAUAUGGACAAAGUGUUGCUGAAAUAUACGGAGUAUAAUGAGCCACAUGAGAGCCGAACAAAUUCAGAUAUUGUUGAGACAUUAAGAAAGAAAGGACUUAAUGGCUGUGACAGUCCAGACCCUGAUGCAGAUGAUUCAGCAUUGCACAAGAAAGAAAACAAAGCUUGUGAAAGCCCUGAUCCUGACUCCUCUUAUGCUCUCACCCCACGCACUGAAGAAAAAUACAAAAAAAUUAAUGAAGAAUUUGAUAAUAUGAUCAAGAGCCAUAAAAUACCUGCUGUUCCACCACCAAACUUUGAGAUGCCAGUUUCUAUCCCAGUGUCCAACCACAACAGUUUGGUAUACAGUAACCCAGUCAGCUCACUGGGAAACCCCAACCUGUUACCACUGGCUCAUCCUUCUUUGCAAAGGAAUAGCAUGUCUCCUGGUGUGACACAUCGGCCUCCAAGUGCAGGUAACACAGGUGGCCUGAUGGGUGGGGACCUUGCAACCGGUGCAGGCACCAGUGCAGGAAAUGGAUAUGGAAACCCCCGCAACUCACCAGGUCUGCUGGUCUCACCUGGCAACUUGAACAAGAAUAUGCAAGCAAAAUCUCCACCUCCAAUGAAUUUGGGAAUGAACAACCGUAAACCAGACCUCCGUGUGCUUAUUCCACCAGGCAGCAAAAGUAACAUGCCAUCAGUGUCUGAGGAUGUUGAUCUGCUUCUGAAUCAAAGGAUAAAUAACUCCCAGUCUGCUCAGUCAUUGGCUACACCAGUGGUUUCCGUAGCAACUCCUACUCUACCAGGGCAAGGGAUGGGAGGAUACCCAUCAGCCAUCUCAACAACAUAUGGCACUGAAUAUUCUCUGAGUAGUGCAGAUAUAUCAUCUCUCUCUGGUUUUAAUACAGCCAGUGCUCUUCAUCUCGGUUCUGUGACUGGCUGGCAACAGCAACACCUACAUAACAUGCCACCAUCUGCCCUCAGUCAAUUGGGAGCUUGCACUAGCACUCAUUUAUCUCAGAGUACAAAUCUCUCCCUGCCUUCUACUCAAAGCCUCAACAUCAAGUCAGAACCUGUUUCUCCUCCUAGAGAUCGUACCACCACACCAUCGAGAUACCAACAGCACACGCGCCAUGAGGCGGGGAGAUCUCCUGUUGACAGUUUGAGCAGCUGUAGCAGUUCCUACGAUGGAAGUGACCGAGAAGAUCACCGGAAUGAAUUCCACUCCCCCAUUGGACUCACCAGACCUUCGCCGGACGAAAGGGAAAGCCCCUCUGUCAAGCGCAUGCGGCUCUCUGAAGGAUGGGCAACAUGAUAACAUUAUGAUCUAUUAGUUGGGAUUUUUUUUUUUUCUUGCAGUGUGUGUGUGCUAUACCUUAAUGGGGGGGGGGGAGGGGAAGGGUCGAUAUGCAUUAUAUGUGCCGUGUGUGGAAAAAAAGUCAGGUACUCUGUUUUGUAAAAGUACUUUUAACUUGCCUCAGUGAUGCAGUAUAAGGAUAAACAGAAAUGCUGAGAUAAGCUUAGCACUUGAGUUGUACAACAGAACACUUGUACAAAAUAGAUUUUAAGGCUAACUUCUUUUCACUGUUGUGCUCCCUUGCAAAAUGUAUGUUACAAUAGAUAGUGUCAUGUUGCAGGUUCAACGUUAUUUACAUGUAAAUAGACAAAAUGAAAACAUUUGCCAGAAAUGGCAGAUCUUUACUGAGAGAGAAAGCAGCUGUUAUGCAACAUAUAGAAAAUGUACAGAUGUUUUGACAGAUCCAGCAGUUGGGUGGCCGUGAAUUGAUGCUAGAAAGAGACUGAGUCACCUAACAUACUGAAAAUGCUCACAAACAUGCAGGCAUUUUGUUAGAGUAUGGCACUCAGUUUAAAAGGAUCAAACCAUUUCAAGAGGACCAUACUUAUAGAAAUGUUGAGUUCGAGGGCUGACAUAUUUAAUUUCAAAAAUUCUGGGUCUGCAUCACUUAUUAAAUAAAAGUAUAAAAAUAUGUACAUUACAUUUUGCUUAUUUUCAUAUUAAAAAGACAGAGUUUGCAAAGCAUUUGUGGCUUUUGUAGUUCCCUUAAGCCAAAAUUUGUUCUUUUUUCCUUGAUAGCUUUGCUAAUCUUUUAAGCAGUCCUGAAGAAACAAACAAAAAGGACUUUCUGUAUAGAAAGCACUACCCUAAGCCUUGAGGAACUCCAUGCUUUGCUAAUUAAGAUAACUGUUUUCUCUUUGCAGAAGUUUUGGUUUUGAAAUGUGUAUUUCUAAUUAUAUAAAAUAUUAAGAAUCUUUUAAAAAAAUCUGUGAAAUUAACAUGCUUGUGUAUAGCUUUCUAAUAUAUAUAAUAAUUAUGGUAAUAGAUUUUGUUCUCUUGAUAGUGGGGAAUUAUAUUUGUGCAGUUGCACAUUUAACUAUUUUCUUUCAGUUUUCUUUCAGUGGGUAUACAUUCUACAGAUCAAAGUCAGCUGCUGAAAGACUGAUCUGUAAACAAUUAGACUUUACCCAUAGUGUAACAACUUAAAUCAUUUUAAUACAGCAUUUUACAAUCAGUUGGGUGAACUGCCAUCCAUUGUAUAUACUGAUUAGUUCUUUCAUGCUGUUUUUGUGCAUUGUAACAAGUUAAGGGCCCUUCUAUUAUGUAACGUACUGCGUAUCUUGUAGCUUUCCAUGGGUUAAAUGACAAAGUGGCGUAACUUGGCCCUUUCUCAUUAAUGAAGUUGGUAUUCUGCCCAUCUGAAUUGGAUGUGCAGCUCUAACGGCUGUAAGCUACGUGAGUGCAGGUAAAUAUGUGCUGAAGCAGCAGGGGGAGGAAAAGGGAGGGAUCAGCACUAAAGUGCCUGUUGUAUAGAUUCCUCCCCUCUCUCAUAGACAUAAAACUCUUCAAGAGAUUAUCAGUUAAAGUGUGAUUCAAAGUCAGUUGAUUUUACACAGGCAAUAUUGGCCAACUGGUCCUUGGUUCUCAUGGACCUCUGCAGUCACAUCAUCUCACAGUGGACAUGUUGUUGAGCAACACUCCCUGUGUGUUUUCUUUCACCAGAGCAGGACUUGCUUCAGCACACAGCAUCCACAUUUUCUCCAGCUUCAUAUUGUUCCUUUGACUAAGAUAGCUUGACCAGAGGGAAUGUGUCAUUUUCUUUAAGUCCCUCUUUGUCCCUCUUGUCUAUUAGAAAAAAUGGUAUAUUCAAGUGUUUCAGUUUAACCAUUCUGUUGGAGGGGAAAAGUGUUUAAGCAAAAUGUUAGUGCCAUAGUAAAAGAGAAAUAUUUCUCCUUUUUUCAAGGGUCAUUCUAGGUCUCAAUGACAUACAUUGACAUUAUGGUGAAAAAUACAGCUGCAACAGAAAAACGUCAACACAAAGUACUUUGAAGUGAAAUACACACUCUUUUUCCACCUAUACAUGCAGUUGCUGUGCACUGCUCAACGAUGGAGUGUACCUCUCCGUAGUAGAGAAUGAUGAUCAAACUACAGUGUGCAUUAGGACAUAGGCUCUUCACUUACCAUGACUUUACAGAAGCCUGCCUUACAGGCACUUUCAGCCGUGCAGGGGCUAGUACAUAAUCUGGAAACUCUUUAAGCAGAAUGCUGUGCUACUAAUGCAUCCAUUUUACCUCAUGUAGCAAACUGCAGGGUAAACAAAGAUACGCAUGUUUUAAAAAUCCCAAAAAAUAAAUUUAAAAACUCAAAACAAAACAAAAGGUAAAAUGGGGCCCAUAAUUAAUUUUAAAACACAAAAGCCACUUUCUUCACCCUCAGAUUAACCUUUACUCAUAUUCUCUUUUGAGAAUUUUAAAUGUUAGUGUGUCAAAAAUAUGCAAAUGUAUCACAAAUAUACCUUGUCAUUUCAAGAAAAAAUACAAUUUCAUUGGUAUAGUAGUAGAAAUUUCUCAGUGGGGAAGGGGAUUUGGUCUAUUGAUAUAUUAAGAAUAGCCAUAUUAAUAGUUUACCUUGCGAUUUGCCUCAGCAACACAUGAAAAAAUGAAAGAUAUCAUUUAAUGAAGAUGCAGUGUAUAAUAUUACUGCAAGUAACUAAGCAGAAAGUAGCAUGAAAAGUAUUGCCUGGGCAAUUUAUAUUAACUCUGACAGUGAUUUUUUUGUAUAAACACAAGUAGAACUGAAUCACAUGAAAAUAAAUGCCAGUCAGCCCUCUUGUUCCUGCUGCAGAAGGCAACUAACUUAUACUGGCAAAAUUGUGGGGGAUAAUGCAUAUUUGCAAACUGAUCUAAUGAUAAGAAGCACAACUUUGAUUGUGAAGUCACUUUCUGUAAACUAUAACUGUCUACCUUUCUUGUUCCUUUAUCUGUAUCUUACCAUUUAUUGUGUUUGCAAAAGGUAAUUUGGGUUUAUUGUGUGAUUCCUUUGUAUUUAAGGAGCUUGGGGCAGAGCCCUGAAAGAGUAUUAACAUUUACUUUACCUUAACCCAUGCUAUAUGAUGUUUUAGGCAACAUUCUUAAUUGUAAGUUCAAACACCUGAAGUGGCAUUCUAGGCACCUGCAAGUAUUGUUAUAGCUAAGCUAAUCUCUAUUAAAAGAUGUUGUCAGUUAGUGUUUAAUUGCUGGUGACAAUUAUAUUAUAUACUUUAUCUGCACAACAUAUAUAUUGUAUGCAUUGAGCCAUUCACAGUAAAGCUUUGUUCAUUUCAGUGUCUCUCAGAAAUUGUGUUUUAUAACAAAAUGGCUUAUAUUUUUCCCAGAAGAGGAAUUUAGCAAUUUUUAAUGACUAGUGUAAAAAUUAGCUGUUGUCCGCAGAUCUUUUUCAGGUAAAGUUAGUAUAAGAAUAGAACUCAUAGGCUGUUUUCAAGGACAUCAAUCCUUUUGUAUUGUAUUUGCAAUCCUAUAUGCCCACUUUUAUCUGUAGUCUAACAGCUGUUUGUUUUCCUUCUUCCUUCACCUUGAAGGUAAAUGCUUUGUAAUUUUUUUAAAAGCCACUUGAAACCUCAAUAAAGGCUGUUGCCUAAACAUGGCAUACUUCAUCUGUUCCUGUUUGUGCCAUCUGCUGUGAUGUCGUCAGUUAUAUGGCAUUCAUUUCCUGCCACUACAGGUCUCUUGAAGGACUGAUGGAACACUGGUGUCUGUUAGAACGCUUCAGACUGUAGAUGUAAUAAAAGGCUUUUGUUAAUAUAUUUUAACCAAAGAUGUGGAGCAAUCCAAGCUUUGAGCCACAGACUUUCUGCAUCAAAAGUAUCCAUUUGAUUAUUUUCAUAGUCACAUGUUGCAUUUCUACCUUCCCUUCUCAUACCUCAGACUGAUCCAUACCUCUAUUUGAUUAAAAAAAAAAGGUCAUUUAAGAAAGUAAUUUUUUAAAAAAUUAAAAAUUAAAAAUGCAGUACUAAAGUCUUUUAUGUAUUUAAUAUCAGACCUGGGUUACCGCAGGCAUUACACUUGGAUUGCUUCAGAUGGUUUGUUGUAUCUUUUUUUUCUUUUUUUCUUCUCUUUCAUGGGGAUUUGCUUCCAUAAAAUAAUGGUGAUAACAAAAUAGCUUGUAAAUGGGAGCGUACAAGCAUUUGCAACGAAUUUUAAAGUAGAGGCUCACAGCGGCAUAAGCUGGACUUUGUCGCCACUAGAUGACAAGAUGUUAUAACUAAGUUAAACUACAUCUGUGUAUCUCAAGGGACUUAAUUCAGCUGUCUGUAGUGAACAAAAAUGGGAAAAUUUCAAAAGAUUCUCCUGCUGGAAAUAAGGUAUAAUUUGUAUUUUGCAGACAAAUCAGUAAAGUUACUGGCUUUCUUAGUGA